AUGAAAUUGCCUGAGAGCAAUAUUCCUGCAAAGCAGAUGAAAUUGCCUAAGAGCAAUAUUCCUGCAAAGCAGAUGAAAUUGCCUGAGAGCAAUAUUCCUGCAAAGCAGAUGAAAUUGCCUAAGAGCAAUAUUCCUGCAAAGCAGAUGAAAUCGCCUGAAAAUGGCAAUAUUCCUGCAAACAUUUGCCAGCUUUAUGCUGAGUCAAAGCAGACGAAAUUGCCUGAAAAGGGCAAUAUUCCUGCAAAGCAGAUGAAAUUGCCUGAAAAUGGCAAUAUUCCUGCAAACAUUUGCCAGCUUUAUGCUGAGUCAAAGCAGACGAAAUUGCCUGAAAAGGGCAAUAUUCCUGCUAAUCAGCUUUACGCUGAGGCCUGUCGUGGAGGCGGUAGAAAAGCCGUAUCCCAGGCUCAGAAGCCAUCUAAAGCCAAAAAAACGGCUUUAUCUCUUCCUCAAAGUUGUGAAUUGAAUGUUGACGUUCAGAAUGGUAAACUGCAGGAAGCCCGUAAGCCACGGAGAAAAGGCAGGGGUUUUGCCUCGCAGAAGAACAGAUCGCAGGCGGCACAGAAAAAGCUGCCUGUUAAUGCCACGAACUCCUCUGUCGAGAUGGUUGCUGAAAGUAGUACACAGCCGACAAAAACCACAUCUAUGUCGGCUCCUUUGAAAAACCGUAAAACAAAAAGGCUCGGGUUUGCUUCUCGGAAACUAAAAAGUCAGUUGUUAAAACAGAAGGCAUCUUUCAAUUCCGCGAAAUGUGGGGCGGAGGGUGAUGAAUCCAAAAGCGAAUUUGAGGACGUUGAAAGUCUCUCCCAAAGUAUGGAUUCAUUCCAAUUUCAGGAUUUGAUUGAAACAAAUCCCCAUGUGAAACAGAACAUGGAUAUUGCAUAUGAGCCAUUAAAACAUUUCAAUGGUCAUUUUUCAGAGGCGAACAUCUUUGAUCUUAUGCCUUACGUCCUUUUAAGUGAAAUUCUUCCCGAAGACUUCAUGGCCGCUCAUUAUAACGGAGACUUUCAAGGGGACGUGAGUUGUAGCUUAAUCUUCCCUCGCAUGUUUCUUGAAGACGUUCAGAUAGACCAAAGAGAAUGGCUAACUGUCGUUGGAUUAGUUUUCGGCAUGGUUGAGUUUCUCCCAUACUUCGACAGAAACUUUGGAUUUGUAGCUGCAAGAGAAUCUCAAGAUCUUCCUGCGUUCAAGUCCACCAACAUAUCAGUCUGUCGGAAAAAUAACGGCGGAUCGUCGCAUCAAAAUGUCUCGCCUCGCCGCUAUCGCGCACCAAAUCCCAAGCCGCGGCUUGCAGUCGCAAAGCGAUGA